UACAUUUUGUCGUGUAUAUAGACUUUAUCAAGUUGUUACUUGUUAUUAUUAAAUAAGUUAGUGUGCGUUUUACAAAGCUUAAAUGUGAAAUUCUUUUAAUGAUCUAAAAUAUAUCUACGUAAAAUACAAAAAAUUAUCAAGUGCUUUAUUUCGCAAUUGAUUAUGUCGUUCUUCAAGAAUGUUACCUCUGGAUUCAAUAUUCGGAGUCGCGACACUAUUAUCAAAGAAUCUCUAAUAAAUAAUUUAUCCGAAUGUGUUAAAGACAUACAAUACAAUAGUCAAUUCGAAGAAAACUUUUAUAGUGUACUAGGAUCUUCAGAUUCUACAAAUACACUAUGUAUGGCAUUAGAGGCUACUUUCCUACACGGAUUGAAGGAUACGUUUUUAAGAAAAGCAAAAAAUGCAAUUUCUGCUGAUCCUGACUAUCGACCUCAAUCGAGCUUCUGGCCCCUAGUGCUAGUUCUUUCGCAUCGUCAAAACAUUGAUCAAAUUUCUUCACUUCCACAAAUUAAUACUGAGAUUGGGCAGUGUCGUGCAUGGCUACGUAUCGCACUUAAUGAAUGCUUACUGUCAUCUUACAUGGCAACUUUACUAAGAAAUAUGUCAGCUGUGAAACCAUUUUAUAAUAGAAGUGCUUUUGUUUGUGACUCUGAAGUACUUGAGGUAGCACAAAAGCUUAUACAGGGUCUAGAAACAUGUGUACAAUUUAAUUUACCAAUAAAUUCAAGUCUCCUUAAUCAAUGGCCUGAGCAAGUUUUGAUGCACGCUGGCAUAUGGGUUCCAACCAUGAAAGUUGCACCAAUUGCAGCCGGAUUGGAUGUAGCAAGUACUCUAAUUGAUGAAAUAAAACCUAAACUAGCAUCAACUCCACAAAAAAGCUCAAAUAUAACUGGACUGGGAAAAAUGUUGGCAUUAAAUGAAGAUGAAGCAUUAGACUUUAUACUGUCUAAAAAUUCAAGCCAAAUAAUCAGAGAUAAAGAGUCAGAGAUUACUUCUGACAAUAUUGAAGAUAUUAAGACUGAAGAGACUUUGAAAGUUGAUAUAAAGAAGGAUUUAAUGAAGCCAAAUGAAUCUGAGAAACCAUCCACAAGUUAUGAACCCAUAGAUACCACCCAAUAUUCAUCAUCAGUGGAUUCAGAGGGAUUUAUAGUCCCUAAUGAUGUUAUUAUUACUGGCAACUGCCUUUCAGGAAAAGGCUGGUCAAAUGAUAAUGAUGAUAAUGUUUCUGUUAAUUCAAACUCGUCUCAUGGCAGUAGUAUGGUAAAGACACCAGAACUAAAAAGUAUUUCUUCACUCAUUGAUAAUUCAAAUUUGUAUGGUGAAAUAAAUACAAAUACACCUAACUUGAGAGACAUCAUGAGAGAUAUUCAUAAAGAACUGAAGAUAUCAUCUGAAGAUAACCUAGAUGUACCUGUGCUCACCAAACUUCCUGAUCCUGAUGAUCCUUCACUACAAAGCUUGGACUUUGAGAUAGUUCCUAGCUGCACAACGGAAGCAUUCACACCUCAAGAAUUGCAGAAAAUGAUGAAACAAUUAGGAUUAUUAUCAAGGGAGAAAGGACUUGAUAGUCAGAAUUACCAAUGUAAAGGAUGUCAAGAUCUAUUGGGUAGUACAGUUUCCAAGGCAAAAGUGUGUGCAUACACAGGUGAAUACUAUUGCUCUAAUUGUAUGGAUCCAAAUGUGUUUAUCAUCCCUGCUAGAGUUAUACACAAUUGGGACUUUAAAAGAUAUUCUGUCUCUAAGAAAGCUGCUAUCUUUCUCUUAGAGUUCCAACAUCAGCCUUGGAUAGACAUGAAAAAACAAAAUCCUAAAAUAUAUUCAGGUGUAUCAGAUAUGGCUCAAUUGCAAGAAUUGAGAAUACAAUUGAAUUUUUUGAGGGCUUAUAUAUUUACAUGUCGAGAACCAGUCAUUGAGGAAUUACAAAAGAGGAUCUGGCCGAGAGAGUAUUUAUAUGAUCAUGUGCAUUUGUACACUAUUUCAGAUCUAGCACAAAUACCAAAUGGCUCAUUAGUAUCCCAAUUGGAAAAAGUUGUUAGUUUUGCCAAAAUACAUGUACUGGAGUGCUGGCUGUGUAGUCAAAAAGGCUUUAUUUGUGAAGUUUGUAGAGAUCCUAAAAUAUUAUAUCCCUUUGAUACAAGCACAACAUACAGAUGUGAAGAAUGCUCCAGUGUGUUUCAUGCAAAAUGUCUGAAUAAGAAUAAACCAUGUCCAAAAUGUAAACGGAAGCAAGAACGAACUAAUGACUCAUCAUUAGUGGAUGCACUCCAGCACCAUUUUGUAAAGUAAGGAAAGAUUAAUAAGUCAGAGAAAACAAGUAAUGAAUAUAAUAAAAAUAUAACAUUAAAACCAUUAUCGGUAAAUGUUUGAAGAAGCAGUACUACGAAAACAAUAAUCAAGCACAAAAAUAAUUGAUAUUGUAUUGUGAUAUCAGCUCAGAGCUGAAUAGUUUUGCAAUUAAUGACCAUAUCGUCAUAUUUAGAUAAGGAGACAAGACAUUUAAUAGCACAUUGCUCUGUUACUUAUUUACUAUAAACUGUAUAUUAUAGUUACUAAAUAUGAUUUAAAAUUAUUCCAUUCUAUUAACAUGAAUAUGUUAGAAAAAAAACAAAUUAUUUCGUCACAAGUUAAGUCUUACUUAUCUGAUUUUUAGUAAUGUUUGCAUUUUAUAACUUAAAAACGAUUUUUUUAAAUAGAUAUUUUUAGUCUUAUUUAAUUAAAUAAAAAUCUAACUAAUUAUAGUACAAUUGUAAACAGUAGUCAUAAUAUGGUAAAAUAAAAUUAUAUAAUAAAAAAAAUAUAGUAUGG